GUGUUUUCUCCAGUCUCAGAAGAAACUAUCAGACAAUCAAGCACGUGAUAUAAACAAUGGCAAAGCCUCUAACUCCACGUCUCCAAAACAUUCGCUCAAUCUAUGAUGCUCGCGCGCCAACCUACGAUCAUGAAACGGGCCCCGAUGGCUUCCACCCGCGGCAAGCAGCAGACUAUGUCAAAUGGGCAUCUCCUGUUCAAGGCUGUAAGAUCCUCGAUCUUGCCUGCGGAACAGGAGCAAUCGGAAUUGCCUGUGCACGACUUGCUGGUCCCUCCGGAUUCGUUAUCGGCGUCGAUAUCUCUCCAGCCUCACUUAAAGUCGCAAGAAGGAAAGCGGAGAAAGAGAAGGUAUGGAAUGUAAAGUUUGUCGAAGGCGAUAUUGCGGACCUGGUCUCUGAAUGGGCUGAGAAAGAGGGAAUCAGAGAAGGGAUGUUUGAUGUAAUUACUUGUGCAUCUGCUUUUGUGCUUGUUGAAGACCAUCCAGGAGCUGUGAAAUCCUGGGCGAAGUUACUUAAGAUAGGAGGAAAAGUAAUCUUUGAUGUCCCAACUGGGGAUAGUAUGAUUAAAGGGCUGGUGCUUGAGCGGAUUGCGGAGAGGAUUGGGAUUGUGAGGCGGUAUACGAGGGAGGGAAUCGAUAGCGAGGAGAAGGUGAGAGCUUUAUUGACAGAUGCGGGGUUGGAUGAUAGGGAGUUUUUUGUGAGUGAGAGUUAUGAGGCUGGUGAGAUCUUGCGUGUGGAGGGGGCCAGGAAUACCUUUGAUGAGAUGGUGAGGGAGAAGAAGUGGUUUCGAGGCGACGAGUUAGUGAAGCCGGGAAUGGUAGAGAAGGCUAAGGAGUUAUUUUGUAAGGAGAUUGAAAAGAUUGCGGAAGGAGAGGGGCAGGUGAGAAGUUGGUUGAGGUUUUACGUCGCAGUUGGGAGGAGGUUGAGUGAAAUUGAGAGCAGUUAAGUGUCCUUUGCAAGGCUAACAGAAUACAUGAGAUGAUACAUGGAUUCAGGAGAAAAGUGAGGCGGAAACGAGUUUCCACAUUAUCUCAGCUCCAUUGAGAAGUGUGGUUCUUUUGCAAUGGUCUGGAGGAGCAACUACGCAAAUCUCUUUCAAAGCCAACUCGGCUCGUACUGCACUACCAUGCUAUGAGGGCAAGAAAGAGGAGAGAUCCUCAAGAUAUCAUAUGAUUGCAAGUAUGGUACAAUUGUGCAGACUUGAUCGUUGCCAUGACCAGUGGUUCCGAAACAUAUUUUUUCUUUCUCAAAAGAGCGGUGUUGGCUCAAUGAUGCUGAAUUAUUUUACAUUUUGCUCGCC